AUGCGCCUGAAGUGUCUCGUUCCUUCCUCAUCUUAUCACUCUUCGCUUCCUCCUCGCCCGUUCCCACUUCUCCUUUCUCCCUCUCCCGUUCUCCCUCUCCCGUUCUCCCUCUCCCGUUCUCCCUCUCCCGUUCUCCCUCUCCCGUUCUCCCUCUCCCGUUCUCCCUCUCCCGUUCUCCCUCUCCCGUUCUCCCUCUCCCGUCUCCCUCUCCCGUUCUCCCUCUCCCGUUCUCCCUCUCCCGUUCUCCCUCUCCCGUUCUCCCUCUCCCGUUCUCCCUCUCCCUUCCCGUUCUCCCUCUCCCGUUCUCCCUCUCCCGUUCUCCCUCUCCCGUUCUCCCUCUCCCGUUCUCCCUCUCCCGUUCUCCCUCUCCCGUUCUCCCUCUCCCGUUCUCCCUCUCCCGUUCUCCCUCUCCCGUUCUCCCUCUCCCGUUCUCCCUCUCCCGUUCUCCCUCUCCCGUUCUCCCUCUCCCGUUCUCCCUCUCCCGUUCUCCCUCUCCCGUUCUCCCUCUCCCGUUCUCCCUCUCCCGUUCUCCCUCUCCCGUUCUCCCUCUCCCGUUCUCCCUCUCCCGUUCUCCCUCUCCCGUUCUCUCCCUCUCCCGUUCUCCCUCUCCCGUUCUCCCUCUCCCGUUCUCCCUCUCCCCUUAUCCCCCCCAACAGCACUGCACCUCUCUCACUGCGCCUCUCUCCUCACCCGAGUGGCCCAGUCGCGUCUGCGCCACCCAGUGUGGAGGGCAGCAGCACUCUUCGACCAGGUCGCUGCUUCUGCUGCCUCAACAAUCCUCGUCUCCUCUUUCCCUUCUCCCCUUCUUCCUCCCUCUCCCCCCAUCACAGCACUGUGCCUCUCUCCUCACCCGAGUCGCCCAGUCGCGUCUGCGCCACCCAGUGUGGAGGGCAGCAGCACUCUUCGACCAGGUCGCUGCCUCUGCUGCCUCAACAAUCCUCGUCUCCUCUUUCCCUUCUCCCCUUCUUCCUCCCUCUCCCCCCAUCACAGCACUGCGCAUCUCUCCUCACCCGAGUGGCCCAGUCCCGGCUGCGCCACCCAGUGUGGAGGGCAGCAGCGCUCUUCGACCAGGUCGCUGCCGCCACCGCUGCAAACACCAACAGCACCGGACUCCACUCCGACUCCCUCCGGGACAUUCAAGACCUCUCUCUGCGUCUCUCCUUCGACGGCAAGUUCUGGGGCGGAGGCUCCUUCCAGGGCGGGUCUUUCCAAGGAGGCUCAAUGGAUCUCUCUUUCAUGCUCGAUAACCUCGGGGUUAUCCGGCCGGAUGGUCGGUCCGCUAGCGGCUAUGCUGCCGAGCCGUCUCAUGCUGCUGGUGGUGCUGGUGGGCUUGGUGGUGGGGAUGGGCUGGGAGCGGGAGCAGUGUUGGGGAUUCACAACAGGCUGGGGAAUUAUUCUUUCACUGGGGGGAUGGGGUCUGAGAGCGGUGGGCGGUACCGGGAAGGGGUGGGCGGGUCGGGAAGACUGCAGGGGAUGCAGGAGGAAGGGGAGGACGGAGGAGCAGGGGUUGGGGCUGGAGAGAGAGGGUCGGCAGCAGGGGCGGCGGCAGCGGCGGCUUUCGAGGGGCUCCGGCUGAGGCGGCGGCGGCGGCUGAUUGUGGUCGCUGUGGACGAAUACGAUCCUGUUGGCCGGCCGGGUUCGUCUGUUCUGGACUCGCUCUGCGCCGCCCUGGAGGUGGCCUACCGGCACAACACGGGGACGUUAAGGGAGCGCGUUGUAUGGGGUAUGGGGCCGGGCGGGGAGAUUGGUGUGGUGCUGGCGACAGCACUGACUGCCAGAGAGACAGUGGCGAUGCUGACAGCAGCAGGAGUGGGGCUGAGGCAGCUUGAUGCGUUGAUUGCUGGAGGAGGGAGCGAGGUGUACUACUCUGUACCGUGCUCCACCGCAUCAGACCUAGCAGCAGCUGGAGGAACAGGAGCAGGAGCAGGGGCGGCUGCAGGAGCAGGAGCGGCUGCAGGCAUGGCAGCAGGUCUGGUAUCAGCCAUGGCUCCUCUGGAGGAUCGGGAAGGCUGGCAGUUGCUUCCCGAUCCGGACUAUUUCGCGCAUAUCGAAUACCGGUGGAGUGCUGACGGUGUACGCAGGUCCAUGGGACGAAUCCUGGCUCAUGCUAUAAAGGGUACAACCACCGGUGGGGCUGCCAGCGCUGCCACCACUCCUGCUGCAGGCUCUGGUGGUGUCUUCCCUCCCCCUGCCUCUGCUCUCUCUGCUUCUGUCCCUGAGGCAUCUUCUGGUGCAAACGGUUCUGUUGCAGCUGCUGCUGCUGGUAACGGGGCUGCUACUAACGAGGAGGAGUAUGUGCGUUCAGUCUCGCUCUCAGACGGGCUGACAGCAAUUGCCUCUGAGCCUGCAGCUGCUUCCUCCCGCACGGGUAUCCCAGGGAGCAAGAGCAUUACAGGGAGCAGAAUCGGGGGGGUGGGGGCGGGAUCGAGAGGGGCGCGGGGGAAUGGGUUGCUGCUGCAGCAACAGCAGCUGCUGGCGGUGCAGCGUGUGUGUGUGGAGGAUGAGAUGAGAACCACAUCCCGGCGCCUGGCGUAUCGAGUGCUUGAUGUUGCUCAGAUGCCCACAGCAGCUGACUUGCGGCGUCGCCUGCGCCUACGUGGAUUGAGAUGCCACGUGGGCUACUGCCGUGCCGCCACGUGUCUUCACAUCCUGCCUCUCCACGCCUCUCGCUCACAGGCCCUCAGGUACCUCUGUGUCCGCUGGGGAUUGGAGCCUGCUGACCUGGCAGUCAUCGUCGGCAGUCCAGCUGGCGCUGACGGUGACUACGCGCAGCUGCUGUCAGGCAUGCACCACACGCUCAUUCUGGAGCCUCCCCCUGCUGACGUGGCACAGCACCAAGGAGCGUCAGCAGCAGCAGGGUUAGAUCCGUUUGCAGAAUACAGGAGGAAGCUGCUGCAUGAGUUUGUGCCGUGCAGUGACGUGCAUCUGCCCAAUCUGGUCAAUGUGGAGGAUUCGUCAAGCGACAAAGUGAGCGCUCUGGCUGAAGCCUUGGAGAAGAUCGGCUUUGCAUGA